UUGUUGUUGACAUGUCUGGUUUGUUGUUGUAGGACGUAUGGAGUGGCUCCUGUUAACCUGAACAUAAAGACAGCGGGAGCCAGACCCUAUGGAACAGGGAACAAGUUAAAGGGUGUGGAUCUGGAGGCCCCGGGAAACAUCAAUGGAGUCCCAGUAGUGGAGGUGGACAUGGAGACAUUCGAGGAGAAACCCUGGAGGAAACCAGGUGCUGACCUGUCUGACUACUUUAACUAUGGGUUCAACGAGGACACGUGGAAGGGCUACUGUGACAAACAGAAGAGGCUGAGGAUGGGCCUGGAGGUCGUCAACAUCUCCUCCACCACCAGCAAAAUCACUGUUCAGCAGGGCAGGACGGGGAAUGAGAAGGAAGUGAGUUUACCCAUCCACACGUCCAAACCUGACUUCCCCACUCCAGCCAGCCUCUACAAGACAUCCAUGAACACGACCAGGAUCUCCCCCCACAGUGGACUGCUCCCCCGUCCAGGACAUGUCCUACUAUACGUGAUAGCCAUGUUAUAG